AUGGUCUACUUGGGCCCCGAGACUUUCAAAAGGGCUUAUGACAUUGGGGUCGAUAUCGAAGAUGAGCAAAAUAAUGAGGUCGGGGCUGACAUUAAAGAGGAUCCAUACAAUGAUGAUCAACUCAGUGAUGACCCAGCAAGCGAGCUAGAAGAAUUGAGACUGAUGUGUGAGUUCCUCUUGGAGAAAGUAGCAUUUUUGGGUCACUAUGUAUCGAAGGAAGGAGUCUCUGUAGAUCCUGCUAAGAUCCAAGCUAUGAGUGAGUGGCCUACUCCAAAGAAUGUGUCUGGUAUCAGAAGUUUCCAAGGCCUAGCUGGGUAUUAUAAGAGAUUUGCUAGGGAUUUUUCGAAGACAGCAAGACCAAUGACCAACCAGAUGAAAAAGGAAUCAAAAUUCGAGUGGAGUGAGAAAUGUGAGGAAGCUUUGCAAAUUUAA